UUUUCAUAACGUAAAAAAUGAAAGUUAGACUUUUAAAAUGUUAAACAGAUUACUAUUAUUUGUAAAUAUAAGUAGUCCUAGAAAUUUAAAUAGAAUAAAUAAUUUUAAAGACUUAAAUUUAGUUCGUCAAAUAUUUACAUCUAUUACUUUAAAUCAUGGAGAAUAUGAAUGGCAAGACCCAAAAUCAGUGGAUGAAGUAGUUAACGUCACUGUUGUCUUAAAAGAUGGCUCAAAACAACAAAUAAAGGGUAAAGUGGGAGAUAAUCUUUUAUAUUUAGCACACAGAUAUGAAAUUCCAAUGGAAGGUGCCUGUGAGGCAUCUUUGGCAUGCACAACUUGUCAUGUAUAUGUUAAUACAGUACACACCCUCCCAGAAGCAGAUGAGAAGGAAGAAGACCUAUUAGAUAUGGCUCCAUUUUUAAAGGAAAACUCAAGACUUGGUUGUCAGAUAAUAUUAAGUAAAGAACUAGAAGGAUUAGAAGUUGAACUGCCAAAAGCGACAAGAAACUUUUAUGUAGAUGGACAUACACCAAAACCACAUUAAUAUUUUGUGUUUUAUAUAUACAUUUUAUUGUGAAUUAAUUUGUUGUUUGUCUAACAUAGAAAAUAAAAACAGUUAGGUAAUUAGGUAGGUAUCCAUUUAAGAA